AAUGAACCCAAUGCUAUCGUCGACCUUGGCGACUCAUCCACAAUCUACAUGCCAAUUGUCUCUCCACCGACCCCCGCGCCCUCUCCUCGCCCCAUUUCGUCUGUUCUCUCAACAGCUUCGGCGGAUGUUGCACACGCCUCGCGCCUUGAAUUCUCAUCUCUCAAAUCAUCGGGCCCUACUGCACGCCAACAAUAUCUCGCCGCGUUACUUGCGGACUGUUCUCCCGCGGAGCUUCUAUUCGUCUCUAAUACGAUAGCACCCCUCCUUAAGCGCGAUUUCCUUCGCGACUUGCCAAUUGAGCUUAGCCUACACAUCCUGGAUUACAUCGACGAUGCACGUACACUUGCACGGGCGAGCCGCGUUUCUCGAUUUUGGAACUCACUUAUGAGGGAUGAGGCAACGUGGAGGCGAAUGUGCGUACAGGCGCAGUUUGAAGGCAGGCUGUAUCCGAAAAGCGAAGCUAAGGCCUCGAGCAGUGAUUCUUCUCCUUCUACCAGCAGCAGCUCCUCUUCUGUACCGUUGUUGGAUGGCAGAGCACAGGCAGUCUUGCGAGAGUUGCCUCCUGAGAUGCCACACUCCUUUUCACACAGGGACCAUUUCAUAUACUGUUACAAGACGAUGACAAAUUGGCGUAAUAGGGGUCGUUUGCUGAACAAGCACCGGCCUCCGUCAGCUACUCCGGACGGCGGCGUUGUGACGUCCAUCGCGCUUGACCAUGAAUGGAUUGUCGUUGGACUUGCUAGCUGUCGCAUCCAAGUUUUCUCGGCUCGCUCUGGUGUGCUAAGUCGAACGCUUGUCGGACACGAAUUAGGUGUCUGGGCUGUUAAUCUUGUCAGUGCCGGUGGGCAUUGGGUUGAUCCUCCCUUAUCGGCGGUUCAGCCCAGAUCAAAGCAGGUGCCUGGAGAUCCACCUGCGGUUGCGGUAGCUGAGAGCACUGAUGUCGGUUCACAUGUCUGGCUAAGUGAAGCAAGGAGUAAAUUUGGUGGAAGUGCAUCCUCAAGUUCAAUGGAUCUUGGCGAAAUGGAGUUCCUUAUACCUGACUCUCUUCGAACGGCGAUUGGUCUUGACAAGCCACGGUCAGCGAGACGUACAGCUGGCUCUGAGCCUCCAAAACCAAGUGACAUAUGCUGCGCUUCCGAAGGUUGGGGAAAUGCGAAUGCUUUGGUUGUGAGUGGAGGGUGUGAUAAACAACUUCGUGUGUGGGACGUCAAAUCCGGCUACUGCAUUUACGUGCUGGAGGGGCAUACUUCGACGAUCCGUUGUCUACGCGUACUUCACAACCGGCCCAUUGCGAUCAGUGGUUCACGCGAUACGACACUCCGCGUAUGGGAUGUACAACGUGGCAAGCUUCUUCGGACACUCACGGGCCACGACGAGAGCGUGCGUUGUCUUGACGUUUGCGGAAAUCAGGCCGUUAGCGGAAGUUAUGAUGCGACCUGCCGGCUCUGGAAUAUCGACACUGGGGAAUGUUUACAUGUUCUCAGAGGUCAUCUCCACCAAAUUUACUCCGUUGCAUAUGACUGCAAGUACAUUGCAUCCGGCGGUUUGGACACGACUGUUCGCGUUUGGAAUCCUGUUGAUGGGCAAUGUCUCGCUUUACUGCAAGGCCACACUGCCCUCGUCUGCCAGCUCCAGCUGACAGGCUCAACACUAGCAACAGGUGGUUCCGACGGGCGGGUGAUUGCAUUCACACUUCCCUCCUCACCGAAUGAAUCCUGGCAAAGCACAAACUCUGCACGGCGAAUCGCGGCUCAUGAUUCGAGUGUGACUGCUUUGCAAUUGGAUGCACACUGGCUCGUAACAGGUGGAAAUGACGGACGAGUGCGAUUGUACGAUGCACAGAGUGGCACGUACGUGCGUGACCUUACGUCACCUGCCGAAGCAGUGUGGAAGGUUGCGCACAAGUAUGAUAAAUGCGUUGUGAUGUGCAAAAGAGCGGGGAAGACGGUGAUGGAGAUAUGGAGUUUUAGACCUAGCGAGGAUGACGAUUGAGCGGAACACGCGUUGUUCGUCUUUGAUUCAGAGGGCAUUUUUUUGUUACUUUUAUAACAUUUUGCUAAUUACAUACAUAUAGACUCGACCUGUGUCU